AUGCUAACCUAUUGUUAUAUCGCAGAGGAAAAAAGGAAUUACACAGAAUUUUAUCAGCUAUUGUAUCACUUCCCAAAUAGUCACAGAACUGCAGGAUGCCCCUUGAACACGCAUCAGAUAAUUGCACAAUGCAAUGAAGAAAAUCAUCUUCACAUCAAACUAAAGGAGGAGUUCCAGAUAAAUCCUGACACUUUCAGGUACCAUGACCACAGUCUCCUACAUGCAGCUGUAACCAACGGGUAUCAUCCAGCUAUACCACACCUGCUGAAGAAUGGGGCAAAUAUAAAUGACAGAGACAAGUCAGGCCAAACUGCUCUUCACCUCGCUUCUGGCCUUCUCAACCAACAGGCAAUUAGCAUGUUACUCCUAUGUGGAGCGAAUGUAAAUCUCACAACUCCAAUUACGAAAGAAACAGCACUCCACUUUGCAGUCAGGUCUUCAUCCUGCAAGGCUGGCAUAGUCUUAGCAGCAGGUGGUAAGUGUGUUAUGCUACUGUUGCUUACAGGAGGAAAUGUAUACAUGAAAGACUGGGAAGGGCAAGAAGUUAUUCACAGCGCUUGCCGCAAUGGCAGAAGAGAUAUAAUUAACCUGCUGCUCGAUAACGAUGCAGAUGUUAACUCUUUAACAUCUCAAGGGGAGUCUCCACUUUUUCUGUUCCUCGAAAAAGAGACCAAUCUAAGGCAGGGAAAAGUGCUUAAGAGAUUGCUAAGCUCAUCAUAUCCUUUGCAAUUAACUAACUGUGCAGGUCAUCUACCCAAAGCACUUAGGCAUCCACGUUAUGAACUGCUGAAAGAUAUGCUCAUGAGAAUGUCUUCAGAUGUCUUAUCCUUGCAGGAUAUCUGCAAAUUCUACAUCAGGAAAAUAUAUAGAGGAAAUCUGAAAUGCUGGCUAAGAGGAGUAAUUCCAUCUAGCUUAUGGUAUUCCAUCUAUAUCAAUCAAGAGUUCUCAUAUGCGUCAAAAAUAAAUGAUUUUUAAUU